CUGUCAGCGGGUGAAAUGGCAGCGACAGAGCCGGUGGCGGCCGCGGUCCCGGGGGGCGGCUGAGGGGGCCGGGCCGGGCUGCGGGACGAGAGACGCGGCGGGGCCCGGGACGGCGGCGCGGCCCGGGACGGCGAGGCUCGGCAUGGCUAUGGCGGCGCGCUCUUCGCAGACAGAGCUGUGACCUGGCCCUGCUCGCGGCUGAGGAGCCUGCCCACCAUGGCGAGCCCCACUCUGAGCCCCGACUCCUCGUCCCAGGAGGCCCUGUCGGGCCCCACCUGCUCCCCCACCUCUGACUCCGAGAACCUCAGCCCCGAUGAGCUAGAGCUGCUGGCCAAACUCGAAGAGCAGAACCGGCUCCUGGAAGCCGACUCCAAGUCCAUGCGCUCCAUGAACGGCUCCCGGCGGAACAGCGGCUCCUCGCUGGUGUCCAGCUCCUCAGCCUCCUCCAACCUGAGCCACCUGGAGGAGGACACAUGGAUCCUGUGGGGCCGGAUCGCCAACGAGUGGGAGGAGUGGCGGCGCAGGAAGGAGAAGCUGCUCAAGGAGCUGAUCCGCAAGGGCAUCCCGCACCAUUUCCGGGCCAUCGUGUGGCAGCUCCUGUGCAGCGCCACGGACAUGCCAGUCAAGAACCAGUACUCGGAGCUGCUCAAGAUGUCCUCACCUUGCGAGAAGCUGAUCCGCAGGGACAUCGCCCGCACCUACCCGGAGCAUGAGUUCUUCAAGGGCCAGGACAGCCUGGGCCAGGAGGUGCUCUUCAACGUCAUGAAGGCCUACUCCCUGGUGGACCGGGAGGUGGGCUACUGCCAGGGCAGCGCCUUCAUCGUGGGCCUGCUCCUCAUGCAGAUGCCUGAGGAGGAGGCCUUCUGUGUGUUCGUGCGGCUGAUGCAGGAGUACCGCCUGCGGGAGCUCUUCAAGCCCAGCAUGGCAGAGCUGGGGCUCUGCAUCUACCAGUUCGAGUACAUGCUACAGGAGCAGCUCCCGGACCUGAACACCCACUUCCGCUCCCAGAGCUUCCACACGUCCAUGUAUGCCUCCUCCUGGUUCCUCACGCUCUUCCUGACCACCUUCCCACUGCCCGUCGCCACGCGUGUCUUUGACAUCUUCAUGUACGAGGGCCUGGAGAUCGUGUUCCGGGUGGGCCUUGCCCUGCUGCAGGUGAACCAGAUGGAGCUGAUGCAGCUGGACAUGGAGGGGAUGUCCCAGUACUUCCAGAGGGUAAUCCCCCAUCAGUUCGACAGCUGCCCGGACAAGCUGAUCCUCAAGGCUUACCAGGUCAAGUACAACCCCAAGAAGAUGAAGAGGCUGGAGAAGGAGUACGCAGCCAUGAAGAGCAAGGAGAUGGAAGAGCAGAUCGAGAUCAAAAGGCUUCGGACAGAGAACCGGCUCCUGAAGCAACGGAUUGAGACCCUGGAGAAGGAGAGCGCUGCUCUGGCUGAUAGGCUAAUCCAGGGGCAGGUGACACGAGCGCAGGAGGCUGAGGAGAACUACGUCAUCAAGCGGGAGCUGGCAGUGGUGCGGCAGCAGUGCAGCUCAGCGGCCGAGGACCUGCAGAAGGCACAGAGCACCAUCCGGCAGCUGCAGGAGCAGCAGGAUAACCCGCGCCUCACCGAGGACUUUGUGGCCCACCUGGAGACGGAGCUGGAGCAGUCACGGCUGCGGGAGACCGAGACUCUGGGGGCCCUGCGGGAGAUGCAGGACAAGGUUCUAGACAUGGAGAAGAGGAACAGCUCGCUGCCCGACGAGAACAACGUGGCGCGGCUGCAGGAGGAGCUGAAGGCGCUCAAGGUGCGGGAGGGCGAGGCCGUGGCCUCGGCGCGGGAACUGAAACUGCAGCUGCAGGAGCUCUCGGACACCUGGCAGGCCCAUCUGUCCCGCGGCGGCCGCUGGAAGGAGUCCCCGCGGAAGCUGGUCGUGGGCGAGCUGCAGGACGAGCUGAUGAGCGUGCGGCUGCGCGAGGCCCAGGCUCUGGCCGAGGGCCGCGAGCUGCGGCAGCGCGUGGUGGAGCUCGAGACGCAGGACCACAUCCACCGCAACCUGCUGAACCGCGUGGAGGCGGAGCGAGCGGCGCUGCAGGAGAAGCUGCAGUACCUGGCGGCGCAGAACAAGGGGCUGCAGACGCAGCUCAGCGAGAGCCGCCGCAAGCAGGCGGAGGCCGAGUGCAAGAGCAAGGAGGAGGUGAUGGCCGUGCGCCUGAGGGAGGCGGACAGCAUGGCGGCGGUGGCCGAGAUGCGGCAGCGCAUCGCCGAGCUGGAAAUCCAGUCCGGCGACCUGGCCCGCCCGCAGAGGGAGGAGGGCCGCAUCCAGGGCCAGCUGAACCACUCGGACUCGUCGCAGUACAUCCGCGAGCUCAAGGACCAGAUCGAGGAGCUGAAAGCCGAGGUGCGGCUUCUGAAGGGCCCGCCGCCCUUCGAGGACCCGCUGGCCUUCGAUGGGCUCGGCCUGGCGCGGCACCUGGAUGAGGACUCGCUGCCGUCGUCGGACGAGGAGCUGCUCGGCGUGGGCGUGGGCGCGGCGCUGCAGGACGCGCUCUACCCGCUGUCCCCGCGCGACGCGCGCUUCUUCCGCCGUCUGGAGCGGCCGGCCAAGGACAGUGAGGGCAGCUCAGACAGCGAUGCCGACGAGCUGGCCGCACCCUACAGCCAGGGCCUGGACAACUGAGGCAGUGGCCCGCGUGCUCGGAGCCCGGGGCCGCCGUCUGCCCGCUCCUUCGCCGCCGCCCGCACUUAACAAACUCCAGGCCCUCGGUGGUCCCGCCCACCCCGAGGGCCAGGACCAGCGCGGCAGGGCGCAGAGGGUAGGACGGAAGUCUGGGGAUCCUGAGUCCCCUGGCAGGCCCACUCUCCCCAGCAGUGUUUACCCAUCUUGGUCCGUACCCCUCUGGGCCCGGUUACCUGGAUGGUCUGCCCCUCUUAACAGCCAGGGCAGGGGAGGACCCAGGGGUCCCAGGACUGGAGGAGCAGGAACGUCCCCCCUCCUAGCUGGCCUCCUUCUGGGACAAGGGUGGCCCGGCUGGGAAGGACCCAGGAGCUAGAGGAGGCCUGAGGAAGAAGAGGCCGCUCUAGGCCUGUCGUUACCACCCCGAACCACCCACGGGACCCUUGGCCUCUGGGGACAGAUGGCCAGGCUGGGUUUUCCUGCCUGGUGCAGGCAUUGUGGCCCCUGCGACAGAAACCAAAGCCCCCCCUACUGUGUGCAGGGCCGCGCAGGGUGUGAGUGGCCAGCCGGAACCAGCCAGGGCCUGGGUAGUGUCUGUCCCUGCUUCUUGGGGGCCAGAGCAGCUGUAAGGAAAUGAAGAGACCCCCCCCCCCUUUCCCCAGCACACCACAUCUUCCUCUGUGACAGUCCCAUCGCCCCAGCCUGGCCAGUGAUGAAGGGGCUCCCCGACCCAGGCUAGCCUCCUCUCCAGGGUGUCCCCAGCCUCCACUUCCGUUCCUUCUCAGUAUCCCCGGCCCCACUCUCUGGCCAGAGCCAGGCCCCAGGGGAGGAGGCCUCCCAGGUGAGUUGCCUCCCCGCGCCUGCUCAUGGUGGUCCCGUGGUCUCUGCUGAGUCAGAACCAAGAACGGUGCCAAAAUCCAACGAUGCCCCCAGACCCCUACCCCCUGGGGCCUCACGCCCCUCGGGCUGACCCUCUCGGUGCUCCUGGAGCCUAGAGCAGCAUCACAAGCAGUCUCCCCGGCACUUCCUGGGGUGGGGAUCCAUGCUCAGUACCCCCUUCCCGGUCGCCCACUCCUCAGUGUAACAAAGCCUGGGGACCAGGGUGGGCAUCCGAGGGGCUCUCCCACGUGCCCCCCACACUGCCCACCACCAUUUUGCACACUGCCUGUUCACACUCCACAUGUCGCCCAGGCGGGAAAGAUGGAAAAUAAAGUGUAUUUACACAGUCA